AAAUAGAACGGAUCAGCAUACUUUGGGAUAAAAUUAGCUGACAGUUUGUGGGCUCUCUAGCAUGUGCCUGUUAGCUUGGUGCCGCUCUCCUGAUAAAUCACAACACAGCUUCCAGAGGGAGAGGAAGGAUGGACAGCACGGCUGCCCCUAUCACUAAAUCUGCAGCUGCCAAGUUAGUUAAGAGAAAUUUCCUUGAGGCUCUAAAGUCAAAUGACUUCGGAAAAUUGAAGGCCAUUUUAAUCCAAAGGCAAAUAGAUGUGGACACAGUUUUUGAAGUUGAAGAUGAGAAUAUGGUUUUGGCAUCUUAUAAACAAGGUUAUUGGUUGCCUAGUUACAAAUUAAAAUCUUCCUGGGCCACGGGCCUGCAUCUUUCUGUCUUGUUUGGUCACGUGGAAUGUCUUCUGGUGCUACUGGACCACAAUGCUACAAUCAACUGUAGACCUAAUGGGAAAACCCCUCUUCAUGUGGCUUGUGAAAUGGCCAACUUGGAUUGUGUUAAGAUUCUCUGUGACCGUGGCGCAAAGCUCAAUUGCUACUCCUUAAGUGGACACACAGCUUUACACUUCUGUACAACUCCAAGCUCCAUCCUCUGUGCCAAGCAAUUGGUUUGGAGAGGGGCGAACGUGAACAUGAAGACCAACAACCAGGAUGAGGAGACCCCCUUGCACACAGCUGCCCACUUCGGCCUCCCGGAGCUGGUGGCCUUCUACGUGGAGCACGGGGCCAUAGUGGACAGUGUGAACGCCCACAUGGAGACCCCACUGGCUACCGCAACCUACUGGGCCCUUCGCUUUAAAGAGCAGGAGUUCAGCAGGGAGCAUCACCUCAUCUGCCGCAUGCUGUUGGACUACAAGGCUGAGGUCAACGCCCGGGAUGACGAUUUUAAAACUCCGCUCCACAAGGCAGCCUGGAACUGUGACCACGUGCUCAUGCACAUGAUGCUGGAAGCUGGCGCAGAAGCCAAUCUCAUGGAUAUCAAUGGCUGUGCUGCCAUCCAGUAUGUGCUGAAGGUCACUUCUGUGCGACCUGCCGCCCAGCCUGAGAUCUGCUACCAGCUGCUGUUGAACCAUGGGGCGGCUCGAAUAUACCCUCCACAAUUCCACAAGGUGAUACAGGCUUGCCAUUCUUGUCCCAAAGCAAUCGAAGUUGUCGUCAAUGCCUAUGAACACAUCAGGUGGAACGUAAAGUGGAAAAGAGCUAUCCCUGAUGAUGACUUGGAGAGAUACUGGGAUUUUUACCACUCCCUCUUCACUGUGUGCAGUAACUCUCCACGGACUCUCAUGCAUUUAUCAAGAUGUGCCAUUCGAAGAACGUUACACAGCAGAUGUCACAGAGUAAUUCCUUUGCUUUCCCUCCCACUGUCAUUGAAAAAGUACUUGCUUUUAGAGCCAGAGGGAAUCAUUUAUUAAGCCUUAUGAGACAGAAGAUCCCAAUCCUAGAUGUUUAAGUGGACUCACUGAGUAGACAGUUUGCAUAAAUAAAAUGGUACUUGGGUUGAUUAUAACACUUCAGGGAUUUAAAAACACUUUACAAACACUAUGUCCUUAAUCCUAGAGUAUCACGGUGAGGGGGUGAGGGGAAAUAAACAAGAGGUAAAGUUAAGGUAGUCUCAAAAACAAGAGCGUAUCCAGAAGGUCCUGACAUAACAAUAAUAAUUAAUAUGUAUAGUGCUCUUACUUGGUGCCUGCUAUAAUUUUGUAAGAUAUUUCAUAUGUUAUCUCAUUUGAAAUGGGACCCAGGUUUUCUUACAACCAAUUUCAUUCUCUCCCUUAUCAGUAAUAAGUUUACAUUACCAUUCAGUUGGCAAAAUGCUAGGCUUUAGGAUGGGCCUCUUAAUCUUGGGGGUCCUCCACCCACUCCCACUUAGCAGAAAUUACUAUGGCUAGUUUUGCAAACUCCUUUCCAUAUACUAAGCUCCUCAACUUACUUUUAGUGAAGAAAGCGCAAG